AUGAUUACAGGCACCAUAUUGGCAAGAAGUGGAAAAACAAGACUCUAUUACACACCAAAAACACAAUCUCCAAAGAGAGAUCUCAACACUUUCACACCUUACAAUGGAGGUUGUUCAAAACAUAGAAAGAAAUCUUCAACCAAUCAAGAAUAUUCUUCGGGAGGAGAACGGUUCGAUUCUAAUUUUUCUGAAUUGAAUGAAAAUUCAAAAUGUAAAAAUCAUGAUAUGUGUGCAGAGCCAGUAUUGAUAAAUUCGAGCUCAAAAUUUAAUACAGUUAAGGGUUUGAAUAAAUUGGAAUGGUGCAGAGCAAAGCAUGAGGAGAAUUAUAAGAUUCGGGUGGAUAAGCGAAAUACAAGAAAUCAUAAAAAGUGGUAUCGAAAUCAUCCAGAAGGAGGUUUUUGUCAGAAGAGAAUGAUUAUGGAUCUCCAUAAUACAGUGGAAUAG